AUGGACUCAGAGUUGGUGUCUUGGAGAUCCACAGGCACCUACGUCGACGCAGUUCCCCCUCCCAGGGCGAACGUAGUCGAUGGCAUGUGGCUCUUCAAGGUGAAGCGGCCGCCUGGAGCACCGCCGGUGUUCAAGGUGCGCUACGUGGCUAGGGGCUUCAAUCAGCGUGAGGGAGUUGACUUCUUCCAGACCUUCGCCCCGACCCCGAAGAUGACUACUCUUCGGGUGCUACUCCACAUAGCAGCGCAGCGAGAAUACGAGCUGCACUCCCUCGACUUCUCCACUGCGUUCCUCCAGGGCCGACUGUACGAGGAGAUCUGGCUGCGUCGUCCUCCUGGCUUCACUGACACCUUCCCACCUGGGACCCAGUGGAGCCUGAGGCGACCAGUCUACGGUCUCCGCCAGACGCCCCACAGGGCAGUCAUGGCUCAGGUGAAGUCCAAACUGCAGAAGAGACAUAAGUGCACUGACCUGGGUGAGCUGCAGCGCUACCUUGGCCUGCAGAUCACCAGGGAUAGAGCUGCUCGCACCAUCACACUGACGCAAUCACACAUGGUGCAGUAG